AUGUCACGUGAGGCAUCGCUAUCACUUUCCGGGUCGUCUACCGGGUGUCUCAUACUGAAUCUUUCGGCUUUUCGAUGGUCGACAGAUGAAGAGUUCUUCGCUUUAGUGACGGAAUAUUUUACCCCCGACUAUAAUGGUCAGGAGCAAUAUGGCCGCCAAAAACAGCACUUCUCAACCCUGUGUAGCCCCUGGUUGGAGACCGUCCCUCUGCUUCUGGACACAAGCAGAAGUACAACCCUUCUGUCAGUGGCGCUCCGCACCUUAGGCUACUCAAUUAUAGCCAAGGGAAAUAGAGACCGUAGACGCAGUCAAUGGGACCUCUGUCGCGCCGAGUCAUACACGAAAGCUGUGCAUUCUUUGAGCAAUAAAAUCGCUGAAGAUGACGGUGGCUGCAAUGAAUCAGCUGCUGCUAUUAUGUGCUUAUGUCUAGCCGAGUGGUUAGUACCUACAUCCCGUGAGGGCUGGAUCGCUCAUAUCAGAGGGAUCGGCCGGAUGAUGGAAAUAUGUGGACCAGAGUCAUUUACUGGACCGAUCGCGCACCAGCUCUUUAUCGGCUUCCGGCCCCUAGUUAUACUAGAGGCGUGCAUCUCCCGUCAAGACACGUUCCUUUCUUCGGUUGAGUGGCAGACAAUACCUUUCGCAUUUCAUGAACCAUCGCCAUUCCAAACGCUAUUGACUCACGGUUCUAUCCUACCAUCUAUCUUACGAAGUGUCCAGACUACAGAUUCCCUCCCCCUCAACGAGAGGGGACCCCUGUGUGAAGGAGUCCUUGCGGAGUUGGUAAUUACUCUGCAGGAGCUUGACAAGUGGGAACGGUCUCUGCAAGCUACGAUAAAUGGCCCUCUGUGUUGGCCAAUAACGUCAUGUCCAUCCUCGCCAAGGUCUAGUAGCGCGGUAGCGGGGUCUCUGUGGUUCUACAGCCUCCCAGUCGCCACAGCAAUGACGCAUUUGUGGGCCUUUCGUGCAGUGUGCUUCAGUCAGAUAGCACACCUAUUGUCAUCAGAUCCGACGAGUUUCACAGACGCAAUGCGUACCUGCCUGAAACUAUCUGGAAUUGAGGAUUGCCACCAGAAAACAGUUGCCUUCCAUAGAAUGGUUUGCCAAAGCAUGCUCUAUUUCAAGCAGGGCACGUUGAGAUUUUACGGUGCAGCUUCUGUCACGCUGCCGCUCAGAGUGACACAGAUGGCCAUAUACUUGCUUAAUUCUCGAUGA